AUUUUAUUUGGAAGAUUAGUUCUUUGGACUCCCGCUGCAUAUCUUUACCUGGAAGUUCAAACCCUGGCUUAGCCAUUUCUUCAAGUUGAGAGGAUCGAUCAACCUUCAAUCUCUAUAGGUUUGCCUUGAUUUCGUCGACGAAAUCUCCACCAGCUCGCUACCUUCAUUUGCUCUAACAGAGAGCUAAUAUACUGAUAAAGAUGCCGCAUAGAACCCGGCCCAUGACAGCACUUUUGGUGUUUACUGGGCUGAAUUUUGUUUUGGUUUCAACCAUUACUCCAGUCUAUGAUUUUGUGUGCUUCCUUCCUUACUGGGAAAGAAGGCGAGAAAGGCGUCGGCAGGAACGUGAAGCUGCAUUGGCAAAUAAAUCAGAAUCCAUCUUGAAAUGAUGUCAAAGGCCACUCUCUUGGAUCGUGAAUUCCUAAUCAAUUAAUGUAACAAUCAAACAAGAGAUCAAUUUUAGUCUUUUGAAGUCAAAAAUACAAAGCAAAGUGAGGUGAGAAGCUUGUGUCUACUUUUUCAUCCAGGUUUUAACUUUUAAGCUGUAAAAUUGAGGAGAGGUAUGAGGAGACAUGUAGAUUAUUAUGUUACAGUUAAUAUGUGUUAAUCUGUUUCAAUGAAAAAAUCUGACUUUU